AUGCUGCGGGCACCUAGACAAAUCCAUUCCUUCUCUUCAUUACCCCAAUCAUUAUCAUUAUCGUCUCUUUCCUUAUUAUUAUACUCCCAGCGAAGUAUUAGUACCACACGGCAAACAAAUAAUGGGAAAGAAGAAGAAUAUUAUGUAACUCCCUUCUUUGCCUCUCUAUUCCCCACGUAUUUUGAAGAUAUUAAAAAAGAUUCUAAUGUUUAUUAUUCCCAUCAACAUAUUCUACAAUUGCAAGAACAAUUACGAUUACCACGUGAUAAGAAUAAUAAGAAUAGUGAUAGUGAUGGUGAGUCUCAUACUUCUCAUAGUACUCACUAUGUGGGAAAGAAAUGGAAGGAUGAAUCUUUACAAGUGAAAUCAUCUUUAAAUACAUUACGUUCUUGGCAUUUGAUUGCAAAUCUCAAACAUGCGGUUUUAUACUCCACCAAUGGAGAAGAAAAGCGGGAUAACACACCUUCAACUCAUAUAGAGAGUAGAACUCAACAACAGAAUACAGAUAAUAGAGAGAAGAGAAGAAAUAAUAGAUAUGAUAAUAAUAAUAAUAAUAAUGAUAAUAAUGAUGAGGAAUGUACAAAUCCAAUGGGAAGAAGAAGAAGAAGAAAUACACGAGAUGAGGAAAUAUUCAAUAGGAAAAAACCUCUCAUACCAUCUGAUAUUGUUCGCCUCGUACGUCAUUCUAUUCAAACAAUUCAAGAACAUGGAUCUAUGAUAAGUGAUAGUGCGGAAAAAACAUCAUCUAUUCUAUCUACUACAGAUGUGUACACACGAACCUCAGAUGAGGUACGAAUAGAAGAUCACAAGGAGGAAACCCCACUUUGUGAAAAUGAAUUCUUAACACUAUCAAAAGAAACACUACUCGCCUAUGUACUUGGGAAUAGUAAUGUAAAGAUGAGUGAGGCGGCAAAGACGACAUUAGAACCACUACGACGAGGAUUAAGUCAAACACUACAGACCUCAGCGUAUACAUUUCAUCUCACCUUUGAGACACUUGUACGGCAAGGACAAGAGCGAAUGGCGGUGGAACUCUUUCGACGUUGGUGGCGACAUAAUCCACAUCUUUUUCCACUUGAAAUGGAAUUACAUCCAACAGAGGAAUUAUCAUCUCUGCUGGAAAUUGUAAGAGAACGGAAUGCGAUUACAGCCUCACAGUGGGAUGUGAUUAGCAAGCAGUUGGUACAGGUACCAUACAAGAAGUAUUUAAUAUCAUCCGCACUUUUUACACGAGUACUGAUGGUGGCCAUACGAAUUGGUGAAUCUUCUCUUGAGGAGGAAUUUAUUAUGCGUGAAGUUAUUUUUAGAGGUGUAUACAUGACAGUUUGUGGUGGUAAUGAUAGUGAUAAUAAUAAUAAUAAUAAUAAUAAUAAUAAUAAUAAUAGUGUUGCUGUCACUGUUGGGAUUCAUAGAAAUGAUAAUAACACUAUGAACAGUACUGCUUAUGAUUAUGAAAAGUCAAUGGAUAGAUCUCUCUCCACGACUGGACUGCAAUUUCAUACUUUUAAAGAAAAAUAUAGUGAUUGGUUAGUUCUCAUUGGAGCUGCUGCGGCGGCGGCUUUAUUGGAGCGGCAUGCAACAAAUUUCAUGCGAGAAACUCGUGGUGGGGCUUCAUAUAAUCGUUUAGUAAAUUCCAUUCGUGCAGAGUAUAUGUUAUUUAUUCAACGUGCAUGUAAUCCACAUGUUUAUCAUGAUAACUCCUAUUCUUUUUCUUCUUCUAAUACUACUAUUAAUACUAAUACUAAUAUUAAUACUUUAUUGCGUGAGGAGAUGCCUGGUUGGGCUAAACUUCUCUUCACAACAGUACUUCGUUGUUUUGAGGAGUCUGGGGUAUUUCACGGUUCACCUGCACGUCGUCCUGGGAAUUGUACGUUCCUUUGGCAACAAAUACACCUGCAGUUACUUCGACAAUUUCCACAUGUAUUUCAUGCAGGGAAUACCGUAACUACAUUACUUUCUUUUACAGCACUGGAAGAGGCGGCGGUAUCUUCUUUGGGUACACAUCGAAUGUCUUUUUGUGGAAAGGAAGAGGGAUUAUACCGGUGGCGUUUAGAAUGUUUGGCACAACAAGGGAUGACUAGUGGCAAUUCUCAUAAUAAUAAUAAUAAUAAUAAUAAUAAUAAUAAUAAUAAUAAUAAUAGUAUUGAUAAUAUCACAUGUUUGAAGGCGUUAGGUGAUAUUCCACGUGUUUCCAGACGAUUACAAGCUCGAUUCGUGACAGCGCACUGUAAACUCUCAAAUACAGAUAACACUGGAUCUAUUUUGGAAAAUAAUAACAGUUCAGUUUCUAAAGAACAUAUAGUAAAUGAAUUACAUUGGAAACAAAGAGAAUUAUUUGGACAAGGAACAAGUCUUUCCGCCUCUCAACUUAGUGUACCUGUUUUUAUGACUUCACAGGAAGUAACCGAUAGCGCUAGAUUCGCUCUUGAAGAAAUAGAUGCGGCUCAACAAUGUGUUUGUAAUAUAUUUCGAGAUCACACAUCACUUCUUAUGUUAUCUCCAGAUACUUCUCAAGAUGUAAUGAGUUUAAAUGAACGGCGAAGUCGUGAAGAUAUUAUUGCCGAAGCCUCACAACCUUCUAUAUUUCUUUUUCUUCGACUCGUAUCACUUUUAUCAUCUAUGGGUGAAACAGCAUUAACUCUAACAAGAACAACGUUAACAGCACGAACCACUGAGGAUAAGGAAGAAAUAGAAGAGAAAGAGAAGGAAUAUCAUUUUCAACUUGUAGAAUGUCUAGAAAAAGAUAUAAUUCCAUUUUGUCAAUUAAGUGUGGCAUCAUAUUUACAUCGUUGUUGUGCUACUUGUCUUUCUCGUAGUGGAAUACAGGGGAUUCAAGCACUUGUUGGUGAAAAACAACAUCUUCUUCAACAAUUAACAGAAGGAGCAGCGAUGGAACGACUUCUCAUUGGUUUACUUUGGGGAAGUGAUAAGACAAAGAAUGAAACUUCAGUUAAUUCACCUUAUUCCUUUGGAAGUGGUUCAUUAGCAUGGCAAAUUAUUUCCCAACAGCGUUCUAUUAUUUUAAAUAAAAAUAACAACAAUAACAACAAGGAUGGGAUUGGUAAUAAUAAUAAUAAUAAUAAUAAUAAUAAUAAUAAUAUAAUGAAUACUGGUGGUGGUGGUGGUGGUUGGUCACUUCUUGAGAUGGUACUCUCACAUUUGGUAACACUUGCAAUUGCUAUCCAUGAUGAUUACAGACACGUUGUCUAUCUUUCCCCAUAUAUGCACCGUAUUGAAGAUGAGACAAUAGAUGCGGAUAAUGUUUUUCUUUCCAAUCUUCAGAGUGAAUUACGUUGGAAUCCAGCACCUGCAGUGCACUUGUAUGUAUCUUUACUACAACUUCUUUUUUGGGUAUUGGAGACGGAAUCAACAGGUGUGGGUGUUAAUACUGUGAAACGAACGGACCAUGAGUCUGGUAUCAGUAAUACUAUUUCUGCUGCUGAUAAUGAUAAUAAUAAUGAUAAUGAUAUUGGAGAUACAUAUAAUAGAGAAAAUAACAAUAGUGAGAGUGAUGAUCUUGAUACUAUGGAGGGAAAUAGUAUACCUUCCUUGAGUACAACAGCACAUCAUUGGCGUAUCGUUCAGAGUUCACUUCGAGAAAAGUUUUUAUUAUCAUCAUCAUCAUUAUCAUGUACUGCACUUCCACCAUUUUUACUGGAACGAAUUUCUCUUAUUCUCGUUUAUAGUUGUCCAGAUUUGGAGCUUUUAUUGGUAUGUUUAUUUUCUCUUUUUCAACAGUCAAUUUAUAAAGAGAUAAAAAAUGAGAAGGGUAAAACGGUAGUGGAUAACACUCAAACAGAAACUCUUUCUUUCUUUACACCACGAUUAUUGACAAGUCUUUGUAAUUUACUGGUAGUAAAUGGUGUAACUGCGAAUUGUAUUCAAGAGUGGAGACGAAAAAAUGGUGCUCCUUGUUUUGUUACUAAGAAUGAAAAUAACACAUUAAGCGAUUGGCAUCAUGUAAUGUUUAAUCGCAUGAUACCUGCAAAUCCGUUUGAGUCAAAUGCAUGUGAAAAUGAACAAGCAGAGUCUUCUAUAAGUAAUACUGCUAAUAGUGAUAGUAGUAAUAGUAAUAUUACAAGUGGUAGUGAAGAGAGCUGCAGUAAAGAUAAGGAAAAUAAUAAUAUCGUUUUGACAGCAUCUGAAUCAUAUGAAGGUUUACAACUUUUAGGUAGUGUUGUACAUCACAUAUUACUAAGCGAUAAUAGAUGGAAGUCUUUACGUGGUGAUAAUUAUUACGUUUCCCUUUUUCUCUCCAGGACAGAGAAGGAAGGAAAAGAAAACAACAACGAGAGACACCGAGAAAAGAAAUCUUACCCACUAGGAGUAGUACUCCCAUCAAGACAAUUAGCUUCUGCUUAUCCUGGUGGUGUGCGUCAACGGGUUAUAAACAUAAAAGAUGCACUACGUGAGAUGGGAUCAGAGAGACGUCAGCAGUUGCGUAAAUCCCUGUUACCACCAAGAAGAGAAGAAGGAAUACUUGUAUCAAGUUCAUUGUUUGAUAUUACGAAUGCUGAUAAUGAUGGUGAUAUUGAUGAUGAUGAUGAUGAUAGUAUGGUGAACUUUUUUCUUCGAGUAGGUAAUGAAAAAUGA